AAUGUGAAAAAUAUGUUAAAGGUUAUCCUGAAGCUUUGUAUAAAUCAUUUUAUACAAAGAUCGAGGCUCAGAAUUUUAUCGAUCAACAAAAUAUUGAUGAUUUUAAAGAUGUAUUAAAUGUUUGGACAGAUGGAUAUUGUAAAAGAAAUGGAUUAUCAUAUGCUAUUGGAGGUAUAGGUGUAUUUUUUAGAGAUAAUGAUAUUAGAAAUCUAUCUGAACGGCUACCUGGUGAACGUCAAACUAACAAUCGUGCAGAAAUCUAUACUGUGAUUAGAGCUCUUGAAAUUUGUGAUAAAAAAGAAAAUUUAAUUAUAAAUACAGAUAGCAAUUAUGUUAUCAUCUCUAGAGAUAUUAAAAAACCAAAAACUAAUUUUGAUUUACAAAAUGCUCUUCUUGAUAAAGAAUGUCGAGAAUUUCUUAAGCGAUAUAAAUUUGUUCUUGAUAAGGCCAAUAAUAUCAUCGAAGAAACCACUAAAGAAUAUUUAUUUGAAUUAUUUUACCCUGAAGCAAAAUUAGCAAAUAUUAAAUUUAAGAAUGGUUAUUCAUUUGAUUUACACA